AUGUGGCGGCUGGCUAGGAAGGCCGUGGCGACGGCGCUCGCGCUGGGCGUCGGCGGCGGCGCGGCCACCAUCGCCACCUCCGAGGACCCCGCCAAGGCGCUCAAGAUCUGCACGCACCUGCCCCCGCGCCUCCUCCGCGACUCCGUCGCCGCCGCCACCAUCGCCUUCGACUACCAGUACUCGCUCUGGGGCCUCGACCCGGGCUCCAAGGCGUGGCAAGAAGCCAAGCACCAGACCCACCUCCGCUCCGCCAACAUCCUCCAGGACCUCUGCUUCCGCAACGGCGGCAUCUACAUCAAGCUCGGCCAGCACAUCGCGCAGCUGGAGUAUGUGGUGCCUGAGGAGUACGUGCAGACGAUGAGGGAGUCGAUGCUCAAGAGGUGCCCAGUCUCGUCAUUAGAGCAAGUCCGCGGGGUGUUCAAGAAGGAUAUUGGAGAAUUGCCGGAAAAGGUUUUUGCGGAAUUCGACCCUGUCCCAAUUGCAAGUGCUUCUCUUGCCCAAGUUCACGUCGCCACGACACACGAUGGUAAAAAAGUUGCUGUUAAGGUUCAACAUGACCACUUGACAGAUACUUCUGUAAUAGACAUCGCCACUGUGGAUUUAGUAGUCAAUGCUCUUCAUUAUAUCUUCCCUACAUUUGACUACAGGUGGUUAGUUGAUGAAAUUCGAGAAAGUGCACCUAAGGAAUUAGAUUUUUUGUGUGAAGCUGAAAACAGUGCAAGAUGUUUGAUUAACUUCAGAAAGCUGUCUCCUCACAUUGCGAAUAGCAUAUACAUCCCCAAGGUUUAUUUGAACCUCAGCUCAUCAAGAAUUCUCACUAUGGAGUAUAUGGAUGCCAAGGAGGUAACUGAUGUUAAAGGCAUUAAAGACGCUGGAAUUCGCCCUGUUGAUGUUUCAAACCUAGUCAAUAAAGCAUUUGCUGAGAUGAUUUUCAAGCAUGGUUUCGUUCAUUGUGAUCCCCAUUCUGCCAAUAUGAUGAUCCGACCCUUGCCAGAAGACAGUAAAAAAUGGUUUGGAUGGAAACGGCCACAACUGAUUCUUCUUGACCAUGGUCUUUACAAAGAACUUGAUAACUCUACGAGGAUGAACUAUGCUUCUCUUUGGAAGGCGCUUGUUCUUGCCGACGAGAAAGCAAUUAAGGAGUACAGCGUCAAACUAGGUGCUGGGGAGGACCUUCAUGCAGUUUUUGCUGGUGUUCUCACAAUGAAGCCAUGGAAUAGUGUCAUUGACCCAUCUGUUGGUCAUCUUAUCUUGGAUGGGAAUAAUACCGAUCGUUCUGAAGUUCAGAUGUAUGCUUCCUUAUAUUUCCCACAAAUCUCAGAGCUCCUCCGGAGACUACCAAGGGUCAUCUUGCUGAUGCUCAAGACAAAUGACUGUUUACGUGCAGUCAAUCUUGCGCUGGUUGGAGGUUCUCCCUUGGAAUCAUUUGAGACCAUUGCACGAGUUUCUUGUGAAGCUGUGUUUGAAGCUAAAAGGGCGGAGAGGAAAUUCUUUCUACAUAGAUUUAUAAUAUGGCUGGAGGAAGUUUUUAUGGAAGUUCGACUAUUCCUCUAUUUCAAGAUGGGCCCCCAUUUUUAUCAACUAAAGAAGCUAUUGCCCGGGUAAAAAACUCGGUAUAUCAACCGUUUUCAACUAUAGUGUAAAUGGAAAUCAACAUGUAGUCCUUUUUGAAGUGCGAAAUCGGACAUUUAGCUUAGCAUUUCCUUGUUUCUAAGUAUUAUUCUUUGAUGGACCAUGUCCAUCCUGAUUGGUCUUGGAUCUUCCUUGAUUGUACACCUCCCUAUGACCCUAUAGGAGAGACGACAUUUCGAGAUAGCAUACAAAUUGCCAUCACUGGACAGUGUGAAUGGCCACACUCUAAUUCCAUGAUUUAUGUUCACCGCGUA